CUGAACCUGUGUUGAAGACAGCCAUCCUUGUCCCACCAGCCUCCCCCUGCCCUGGAAGAUGGUGAAGUACGGCCUCGACUACACACGGUGCAGAUGGAUCCUACCCCUGCUCCUGGGCAUAGGCGUCAUCUUUGGUAUCAUUGCACUGGCAGGCUGGGGCUGGCUGGAGUCGCAGACCUUGCCCUACGUACACCAAGCGUCGUUAUGGCAGAGCUGCACGAGGCUUCAGGAGGGUGGGGAAUGGACCUGCGAGUCCCUCAUGGGUUACGCUUGGGGAAGAGCUGCUGCUGCCACAUACCUGGUUGGCUUUCUACUUCUAGUCAUCUGUUUUGCUCUGGCCAUCAUAGCAUUUGCCAUUGACACACUUCGGUUCAACUUCAUACGCGGGAUUGGAGGCUUGCUUUUUGUUGCUGCUGUGUUCUCUGUCAUGGGCCUGGUCAUUUAUCCAGUAAAGUUCUCAACUGAAAUUGAGAUGACAGGAAUCAAUAUGUUCAGCUGGGCCUAUGGCUUUGGCUGGACCACCGCCAUCAUGGAAAUAUGCUUGGGCUUCUUCUUCUGCUGCCUUCCUAACUAUGAAGAUCAGAUCUUGGGUAAUGUGAAACCCACAUAUUUCUACUCUUCCCCAUAAGUAACAGGAAAAAGGCAUUCAUAUUCCAGAGAUACCUGAC